UGCUGCUGCUGCUGCCGCCGCGGGUGUUGCUGCUGCUCCAGCCGGCGCUCCGUCCUCCCUCCCCGGCAGCGCCAUGCGAGCCGGGCCGGCGCUGCUGGCCGUGCUGCUGGGCUGCGCUCUGGCCGCCGAGCCGCGGCUGCAGCGGGGCAGGCCCAAUGUGUGCCCAGUGCUGGAGCUGGCUCUGGUGGGACACCAGGAGCCCUGUGUUCAGUCCUUCAGUCGGAUGGUCAAGAUGUGGAAGCAAGGCUGCACAAAGAGGAGGUGGUGUGUGAGCUAUGAGAGAAGGUCUGGCUACUACACGGUUUACAAGCAGGUGUACAGGAUGGAGCAGCAGACUGUCUAUAAGUGCUGCCCUGGCUGGGCCCAGCAGGACGAUGAACCCGGCUGUCUGCACUUGCUCUGCACUGCUGGCACUUGCUUCAAUGGAGGGAAAUGCUCUGAAGAGGGACCCCAGGUGUGCCAGUGUCCUGCAGGAUUCCAGGGGCCUCGCUGCCAGUAUGAUGUCAACGAGUGCAGCACGGGGAACGGCGGCUGCCACGACCGCUGCUGCAACACCAUCGGCAGCUACCACUGCAAGUGCCCAGCUGGCCAGAGGCUGGGGGAAGAUGGAAAAUCCUGUGCAGACGUGGAUGAGUGUGAGGUGCUGAACGGAGGCUGCCAGCAGGGCUGUGCCAACACCCCGGGCUCCUUCCAGUGCCAGUGCCAGCCGGGAUUUCGGCUCCACGCCGACGGGCGCACCUGCCUCGCUGUCAAUUCCUGCAGCAUUAACAACGGGGGCUGUGAGCAGGACUGUGUGCAGCUCAGUGAGGACCACUACAAGUGCCAGUGCCAGCCAGGCUACCAGCUGAAGACAGAUGCCAAAUCCUGUGAAGUGAUAGACCCCUGCACAAGUGGGAAUGGAGGAUGUUCACAAAUCUGUCAGAAUGAGAGAGGAAUUGCAAAAUGCGGGUGUCAUCCAGGGCAUUCUCUUGCUGCAGACAAAAAGUCCUGUUUAGACGUGGAUGAGUGUGCCGAGGGCAGGGCCAGGUGUGCCCAUCGCUGUGUGAACACCCCGGGCUCCUUCAGCUGUGCCUGCAGCCCCGGCUUCGAGCUGGGCGCGGACGGGCGGCGCUGCUACCGCAUCGAGAUGGAAAUCGUGGACAGCUGCCGGGACGGGAACGGCGGCUGCGAGCACGGCUGCGAGCACACGGCGGCGGGGCCGCGCUGCUCCUGCCGCCGCGGCCACCGCCUGGCCGGGGACGCCAAAGCCUGCCCAGAUGUGGACGAGUGUGAGACUGGAGAGUCCUGCUGCUCCCAGUUCUGCAUCAACUACGCGGGGGGCUACGAGUGCGCCUGCAAGGCGGGGUUCCAGCUCAGCGCCGACGGCUGCGCCUGCGACGAUGUGGAUGAAUGUCGUCUGGAUAAUGGCAACUGUGACCAUUUCUGUGUGAAUUCCCUGGGGUCCUACGAGUGUGCCUGUAAGGAGGGUUACAGGCUUGGGGAUAGCAGAUGGGCCUGCGUGGCCCUAGGUGAGGAGGAGGCGGAUGCAGAGGAGGCAGCAGGGCUGGCUGGGGCCCCGGGGCUGCAGUUCCGAGGGCCCCCCCAGCUGCUCCGCUUCGCCCUCGGGGCCCUGGCCGAGGAUGGAGACCCCCGAGGAGAGCUCACCCUGGUGCACAGGGUCGUGUGCCUGGGUGACACGUUUGGCCAGGACUGCAGCCUGAGCUGUGAGGAUUGUCUGCACGGGGGCCGCUGCAACAGCGAGCGCAGCGGCUGCGUCUGCCCGCCCGGCUGGGCUGGCGUCAUCUGCAACGAGACCUGUCCCCCUGGCACGUUCGGCAGAGGCUGUGCUGGAGUCUGCGGCUGCCGCAACGGAGGCCGGUGUGACCCCGGCACGGGGCAGUGCCGCUGCCCGCCCGGCGUGCAGGGCCAGCUCUGCGAGGACGGUUGCCCAAAAGGUUUCUUUGGGAAGAACUGUAACAAACCAUGCAACUGUGCCAACAAUGGCCACUGCCACAGACUGUAUGGAGCCUGCCUGUGUGACCCUGGGCUCUACGGCCGCUUCUGCCACCUCACCUGUCCGCGGUGGGCGUUCGGCGCGGGCUGCUCGGAGGAGUGUCAGUGUGUGAAGGAGCACACGCUGGAGUGCAGCCCCAGGAACGGCUCCUGCACCUGCCAGCCCGGAUACCACGGCAAAAAGUGCCACAAAGAGUGCACCCCAGGGUUUUAUGGGGCUGGCUGCAAACUGAGAUGCAGCUGCCCUCCUGAUGUUCUGUGUGAUCCUGAGACAGGAGCCUGCAAACAUCCAUGUCCAGCUGGGUUUCAUGGAGAAAAAUGCCAUUUGUCUUGUCAGCCUGGCAGCUUUGGGAUGGGCUGCAGGCAGAGGUGCAGCUGUGGAGGAGCCCCGUGUGAUCCGAGGACAGGGCAGUGUGUUUGCCCAGCUGGGAAGACUGGUGCUGCCUGUGAGCAAGAUUGCCCAGAUGGCCAGUGGGGACCAGACUGCCAGAACUCCUGCGAGCCCUGCGCCAACGGGGGACAGUGCAACAGGGAAACUGGAGCCUGUGACUGUCCCCCUGGCUACAUUGGGCCAUCCUGCUCUGCCACCUGCCCCGAUGGGCACUACGGACAGGGCUGCCUGUGGCUGUGCAGCUGUGGCAGCAGUGCUCAGUGUCACCACGUCACUGGAGAGUGCUCCUGUCCCCCGGGCUGGACUGGCCACGACUGCAAACACCCCUGCAGCAGCGGCCGCUGGGGCCGGGGCUGCGCCAACUCCUGCGCCUGCCGCGGCUGCGACCCCGCCACGGGCGCCUGCUCCUGCCAGCCGGGACUCACCGGGCGGCACUGCCAGCUCAGGAAGUGGUGCCCCGAGGGGAGCUUUGGCCCGGGCUGUGAGUCCAGCUGCCAGUGCCAGCACGGAGCUGCCUGCGACCACGUCAGCGGAGCCUGCACCUGCACGGCGGGCUGGACAGGAACCUUUUGUGAAAGAGCUUGUCCAGACGGAUUCUUUGGGAUUGACUGCCACCAGGUGUGCAAGUGCAAGAAUGCUGCUGGCUGUGACCACGUUCUGGGCCUGUGCCACUGCCUGCCAGGCUGGCUGGGGGAGAGCUGCGAGCAGCCCUGCCAGGGGAGCAGCUACGGGCCGGGCUGCAGGAACACUUGUCACUGUCACAACGGAGCUCUGUGUCACCACGUCACCGGGGCGUGCCUCUGCAGCCCGGGCUGGAAAGGAGCCACCUGCCAAGAAGCCUGUCCCCGCGGGUGGUACGGAGCAAACUGCCAGCAGCGCUGCCUCUGCCACGGCCAGGCCACCUGUGACCCUGCCAGCGGCCAGUGCCAGUGUCCCCAGGGCUGGACGGGGACAGCCUGUGAGCUGGAGUGUGGGGACGGGCAGUUUGGAGAGGGCUGUGAGCAGAACUGCAGCUGCCACCACGGGGUGUGUGACCAGCCCUCAGGGAAGUGCCUCUGCCACGCUGGCUGGACUGGGGACCGCUGUGAUGUUGCCUGCCCCCCGGGAUUUUUUGGCCGGCGCUGCGAGGAGCGGUGUGACUGCGCCCACGGCUGGUCCUGCCACCCCCAGACCGGCGCGUGCCGCUGCCAGAGCGGCUGGCGAGGGAGGCACUGUGACAAACCCUGCCCGCCCGGCCGCUACGGCGCGGGGUGCGCGCACCGCUGCCGCUGCCCCGCCGCGCGGCCCUGCCACCGCCUGACGGGCGCCUGCCGAUGCCCCCCGGGACUCGCCGGCCACGGCUGCCACAAGACUUGUCCAGUGGGCACGUAUGGGCAGGACUGUCAAGGAGUGUGCCAGUGCUCUGCUGAGAAUCAGGAAUGUCACCCUGUCACCGGCCACUGCUCCUGCAGCCCGGGCUACCAUGGGGCCCACUGCCACCUCCGGUGUCCAGAAGGUACUUAUGGUUCAAACUGCCAAAAUCCCUGUAAAUGCAUGAACGGAGGCCACUGUGACCCCGCGUCGGGAGCUUGUGAUUGCGCUCCCGGAUUCAUCGGAGCCAACUGCAGCAAAACCUGCCCUGAGAGCCGGUAUGGGAAGGACUGUGCCCAGCUCUGUGCCUGUGGCAAAGGGCAGUGUGACCCACGGACUGGCGAGUGCUCCUGUGCCCCCGGCCACACGGGCCCUGCCUGCCAGCAAGUGUGUCCCCAGGGACAGUAUGGCCCCAACUGCCACCUGAGGUGUACCUGUCAGAACGGUGGCAUCUGUGACCACGUGGAUGGCAACUGCACCUGCGGGCUCGGCUGGACAGGAAAAUCCUGUGAGGAAGAGUGCCUCCCAGGCAAGUAUGGGGCUGGCUGCUCCUUGGACUGCCCGUGCCAGCACGAUGGCACCUGUGACAGGUUCACAGGCUGCUGCAGCUGCCCCGAGGGCUUCUACGGCCACUCCUGUGAGCACGGGUGCCCCCUGGGAUUUUAUGGACUGGGCUGUCUUCAGGCCUGUGCCUGUAAAAAUGGAGCGAGCUGUGAUGCAGUGACAGGACAGUGCCAUUGUCCUUUGGGUUAUCAUGGUGUCCACUGUGAAAAAGGCUGUGCCAGGGGCUGGUUUGGUGAGGGCUGCCAGCAUCAGUGUGACUGUGGGGAUGCUCCUUGUGAUCCAGAGACUGGGAAGUGCCUUUGCCCACCUGGGAAGACUGGAGACAAGUGUGACAUUGGGUGCAGGGCGGACAGGUACGGCCCCGGCUGCUCCCUGCGGUGCCAGUGCGCCGGCAGAUCCCGCUGCGAUCCCCGCAACGGGAGCUGCGCCUGCCCCGGCUCCGGGAUGGGCCCGACCUGCAGAGAAGGUGGCCCUCCAAAGCUUCCUUUUUAUGAAGAACAAGCCCAAGAAAGAGGGAGUAUUUUUCCAAGAGCUCUACAACAGUAACAUUUGGACUAAUAAAUGAACUGUUUUAUAUGCACAGACGGUAUUUGAAUUUGGAUAUGAAAACAGUUAUUCAAUUCAGCUUGAAUUGUACUGAAGUAUUCACACUUCUUAUGGAAGACUACAGAGGCCAUUUAGUAGCUGGAUCCUUUUAAAGAGUUGAAUCUGUUUCAUGUGCUCAUUCCUAGCCUCUUGCCCCUCCAUUAAUCUACUCUGGACAUUCUUUCUGGUAUUAAUAUAAUACAUUGCUUGAAAGCCUGGACAUGUUUUUAAUCAGACCAGCUCCAAAGAGUAUCAGGAUAAGCAGCGUGUAACACAUCACCAUGGAAUGAGCCACGCUCCCUAUCAGGGACUUUCUAAACCCACUUGACAACCAGCACCAAGUCUGAGUAUUCCACAGAUUAUUUCUCUUCAGAUUCAUUGCAAAAUCAUAUUGCACAGAAACUAGAGGGAUUCAUGAAGUUAAUUCCUCUUUGAAUAAAGUGGUUCUGGAGAAGCAUGCAGUCUAAUUUUGAACUUGCAGCUGAAGAAGAAUCCACUACAAUCCGACAAGAGUCCUCAAUAUAUUGUUAAUUUAUUUAAGAGCAUCUUCUGGAUUUCUAGUGUGGUUUGACUGAUUGGAAGGUCUCUGUCUGAAUCUGUCUUCCAAAGAGCAUGGCGUCAUCUUCCAGGCUCUCCUGGAAUUCUGUGUUCUCACAUCUUACCAGAUAAAUUUCUCACUCAGUGGGUUGUGCAGCACUUCUCAUCAAAGAGUAACUGCUAAUGCAGAAGAGGUUUUAUCUUGAAUGGAGAAAGCAGAUAGUAACCAAGGAGAGAUGCUUAAAGAUACUAUCUUUGGGGUUUGUGCUUUUAUUGAGCAAUUUGGUUUUUUUAUCAAGUCAUCUCACAGCAUCUCCUGAUACCAUUCAACAGCUGCUGGUGGCCACCUCAUAGAACGGAGACAUUUGGUGCUAUUUUGUCUGUUUAGACAGGUUUUGCCUUUGAUAUAGAACUAUGUCAUUAUAAAGAAAUUUAUGUUCUGUAUUUUAAUAUUCUGAGAUAACCAGACUAAAAGUUUUCAGUGCCUCUUUAUACCUCGCUUUAGGUUGGGAGUUACAAAAUCUGUGUAGUAACCACUUGAUUCUGACUGUAUCAAAAGUCCACUCUAAGAAGGGGCAUCAGGACAGUGGUAGACACAGAGCAUGGGCAGUUCCAGCUCUUGUGCUGACACUCCAUUCACCACCAGAGCAAACUGCAGCUCUGAAAGAGCAGGAUUUUGUUUUGUAAGAGAAAAGAAAAAUGACAUUAAUUGAUGGUAAUUUGGGAUUUUUGGAGAAGUUUGUUGUUGUGGUUGGGUAGGUGAUGAGUUGGUGACGUAGGAUCCAGGAGGUUGGAUGGGAAGGUGAGGUCACAAUUAUUCAUCACUUCGUAGGUAUUGAAAGUAAAGGUAUUUGUGAAUGCAUCAAAAUUCAUUAAAUAACUGUGCUUUCAGCCAGAAAAUCACUGGGGCUGAUUCUGAUCCCUUUUCAUUUCUUCUGUAGAGCUCAAUGAAUGUCACUGGAAAGUUCAUUCAAUGUAAAUGUGGCAAAAUAACAGUCCCAGAAGUGUGUGACUCUCAGCAAGGAAGUGAUAUUUUAAAUGUUCUUUUGGAGGUGUGAUGGCCUGAGUCUGAUCCUACAGUUAUGUGAAUUUUGGGCAGUUUCAGCUGGACAGGAACUUGCAAGGUAAAUCUCCUGUGAGACAAUGAGAUAUAGUCUUAGCAGCUGCUGGAGAAGAGCAAUUGAAGUUGAACAGUUGACAUAUUUUGGUCUUAGCUCUGUAUUUCCUGCAGAGCCAAACUACAACAGUAGUGCAGGUGUCACACUGCACUUAAGAUUUUUUUGUAGAAUCAUCAAGUGAAUAAAGCUGUAGAAAACCUCUGGAGGUCUGAGCUUCCCUUUAAAGCCUGGUCAGCUCCAGAGUCAAAUGUCUCAGAGAUUCAUCAUUCAAGUCAAAUUUCAGAGAUUCCUCCCACCUUGUUUAGAACAUCUCCAAGGAUGGAGAUCCCACCACCUCUUUUAACCUGUUCUAGUGGAGAUUUCAUUUUCUUCAUUUUUUUUUCCCCUGGUUUCUCAUCAGAAUUUCUUCAGCUUCAUCUUUGUUCCACUGCUUCUCAUCCUUUAAUUGUGGAUCUCUGAGGAACCUUUGGCUUCCUCUCCCCCAGAGCCCCCAUGGGGUAGUUGCUGCAGCCUUGCUCUUCUCUUCUGAAGACCCCCCCAUCCACUGGCCACAUUCCAGUUCCUCAGACAUUCCAGUUCAUCCCAGCUGCCCAGAGACUGGCGUGGUUACUCAGCAGCAUAAAACCCAUUACACUUCUGUUAGACAGCAGAAUGUAUCAAAUGUACUGUUUUUUUCUUAUUUUUGUAGAUUGAUGUGUGAUUUGAGCAGCUAAUCCAAGGGGAAACCUUUCUCAAGCCAUAUUAUUUACACUCAUGUAUACUUGUUUACAUUUUCUACAGUAUCUUGAUGAUAGAAUUGUAAAUAUGCAGUAUAAGGAAAUAAAAGAUUUUUGUAUGACGUGUUUUUAAAGGAUGUCACGACUUUAGGUACAUGAUGAAACACAUAUUUUAAGUGACUGAUACUGAGCCUAUGCCAAUGAAUUAAGGGCCCAAGUAGAUCUGCUUUGGGAAAUAUUUCAGCAAACUUUUUUAAAAUCAAAAAAUGCCAAUUCAUACAAACCACUCCAUAUGCAAUAGGCUUUUUUAUUCAAAAUGCUUCUUGGCUUUAUGUUAUUACCUUGGGAAAAGAAGUUCACUUCAGUUCCAUCAAACAGACCAUUCUGAUUUGUGGCUCUGCAUGACUUUUUGUUCCAAAGCAAAAUGCAGUCAUAUACAGGUAAAAAUCAGAAUUAAAGAUUUCAUAAAAAUCUUAAAAGAGGAAUUUUGAUUUGGGUAGUUGGAAUGUCCGAUCUUGGUUCUUACUUUUUUCAUAAGGUAGAGAAAAUGUUUACAAAAUUUUGUUUCUUAGAAGAGCCAGAACUUUAUUAACAACUAAUUAAGAAGUUUACUCUUUUUCUGAUAUUAUUGUUAUUAUUGUUAUUCUGCUCCUUACUACAGUUCAACACAUAUACCUGAUUCUUUGCCUACAAACUUUAUUAGACAGGAUGGAUUUUUUUUAAUGGAAAACUGACUAAAUCAGCUUUCCCAGAGAUUAAUUUAGUGGCAAGUGAGUGUAGUUGCUACUAAAUUAGCACAACUGUGCUUAUUUGCUUCAUCAGAUUCCAGUGCAAGAGUGUCAGGCUAAUGUAGUGCUGAGCACUGCACUGGGGCUUGUUGAAAAUGGAAGUUAAAAAUUCAGUGAAAAUGGGAUUUAUAGUUAAAUUGAUUCAGUGAAAAUGGGGUUCAUAGUUAAAUUGAUUCAGUGAAAAUGGGGUUCAUAGUUAAAUUGAUUCAAUGACAAUGGGGUUCAUAGUUAAAUUGAUUCAGUGACAAUGGGGUUCAUAGUUAAAUUGAUGUCCAUCUUCCUCUUGGUGAAGGCCUUUGCUGGCUCCCAGGGGGCUGAAGUUAAUCACACUUCCUGGAAGGGAGAGCUCUGUGUAUUCCUCUGUGGCACACUUGCACGUGCAGAUAGCUCCUUUCAGAAAGACACUGGGAUUAUUUCAGCCAUGCAGCUCCCGUGCCAAGACCCCCUCUCUUACCUUGUGUGUUCCAGAUAACUUCAGCUGGAGUGGGAAGGAGCUGAGUGUAACUCAGUGGGCCCAGCAGAACCUCACUUUCUGUGAAUUCAUGAAGCCAGGACAACAUGUUUUAAGUUAGAUUUCACUAACACUAUCCUCAUAGGAAAACAAUCAGAAUUUUAAAAAUUCCCCGCUUGCCCUGCCAAAAAUUAUUAUUCUACUUUUAUCCUUUUUAUGUUGAAGAACCAUAGCUAUUAAAGUUUGCCCAGAUUCCUUGCCAACCAUAUUAUUUUGAUUGGCUGCAGGUUUCUGUUUGUGUAAGUAAUAACCAGCAUAGUGUCAGGAGUUGCCAACGGGACAAACAUGGAAAUAAAACCUUCAUGUCCUUCCCAGAAGAGGCAAAGACACAUUUGGGAGCCAUCGUGGCUUCACUGUGCAGAUCAAACAGUGACUCUGUUAGAAUUUAGCUUCUUAUCAGAGCAAAGUAAAUCUUAGGAACAAUCUUUCAGAGUGCUGAUGGACCAAGAAACUUCUAUCCUCCCAUUCUUGUGUUAAUAUUUCUAUAUUUAGGCUAGUAACCUUCUCAGCCACCAGUUUUUGAAGGACUUUUCCUUCAGGUUGACCUGAGCAGCUUCAUGCAUGGGCUGCAAUUGUGCACAGUAAUUCUUUUGCAGGGUCACAGCUUUAAAUUCUGACACUGUGUAAAGCAAUUUCCAGCAGUAAACACCAAAUCUCAGCCUUGUAGAGCAUAAAUUGUUCGUUCUGUUCUUUUUAUUGCUCUUAAUAAGCACUUGCAUAGCAAUGUUAUGUCUCUGUGAAUUUGUAAUCCCUCUUCAAGAAAUGUGUGGGGUAUAUCUCAGAUUUGUACUGUACUUUUUGUUGUAGACAUGUUGUAGUGAAAGGAUGCUGAUUUUUUUUUUAUAUAUAUAUAAACAUGUCAUUAAAACUUGGUCUUGUUUUUCCCUUA